AUGCCUUGUCUUCUAGGAGGGAAAAGACUUACGGGUGUACUUCCACCAGACAAGCAACCACCCCCAUACCCCUCAUUAAGAACAAAAGAUCCUUCAAAGUUGGUCGACAUUGAGUCAUGUAUUGAUGAUCCCAGCCUGGCACCAUUAGGCCACCAUGUAGUUUCGCGAACCGGAGAACGCAAGCAAACCUCUGAAGAAAAGGGCCAGGUCAAAAUACAAAAGAAGCAAACCAAAGAACUUCAUAAUGAUGGUCUGUUGAUGCUACGAAGGCGAGGCUUAGAAGCAGACGAACUGGCCCGACACCUUGACAGCCUUCUACCUCCAUUAACUCCAUCUCUACCCAUCCAAUCACGUUAUCGCGAUCUUAUGGAACUCGAUAUAUCACGAAAUAAGUUAAAAACAUUGCCAGUCAAUAUUGGCUUGCUUCAUCAGCUAAAAAUCCUUGACGUUUCAUCCAAUCUUUUAUCCGAAAUCCCGCCCGAAUUAUACCAUCUCACACAACUAGAAGUCCUUGUCCUUUCUCAAAAUAAUCUUCACUCAAUCUCAAGAGACAUGCCGUUAGGUCUUCGAAAUUUAAUCACUCUUCGCAUAUCAGGCAAUAAGAUCACACGGAUAACUAGCAGAAUUAAAUAUUGGCGCAAGAUGCGUCACCUCCAAUUGGGAUCUGUCUAUGGAGGAAACUUGCUGUCCAGGGUACCCAAUGAGAUCGCGGAGAUGCAAUCACUUGAAGAAUUAGAUAUCUCUCACAAUCAGAUUAAAGCACUGCCGAGUAACAUGCAGAUCAGCACCCUUGAGCACUUGAACGUAUCUAGUAACCAGCUCGAAAGUCUUCCUCCAUCUGUGGCAAAAUGCUCAAAGCUGAAAACUCUAAAUGUGUCUAAAAACCACCUCACUACCCUUCCAGCAGAUUUAGUCGAAUUAUCUCAUCUAGAGCUACUUGAUCUCAGUGAGAAUCUUUUGUGUAUCAUACCGGCCGAUAUCCUUGAGCGCAUGCCGACUACACUUUUAAUUACAGGAAACCCGAUGACACGACCGGGUAACUGUAAUCUGGCAGCAAGCACGGACGCAUACGCCCGUAUUCUUCAGCGCAUGACUCAGCAGGGUGUUCCACGAAUACCUACCCCAUGCUGGAAAGAACGUGACCGUUGUGGACCAAAAGGAAUGGGCUGUGAGAGCCCUUCUAGUUCAAUGUCUUUGAUCCAAUCGCCACACAACCGAGAACAAGAAGACGAAGAUGCCAUCAUUGACCGUGAACUGUCUUAUCAUGCCCAACAACUUAAUGUCCACGGCUCACGACCUCUAACACCUCUCUCCCGACCUCAUACCCCUCUUUCUCCCCCUCACACACCGCUAAUUGAGUCAUCCACAAGUCAUCCCCAGCCUGUACUACCACCAUCUCCAGAACUUUCUACCAUUCGUCCUCCAAUUACCCCUGCUGUCAACCUCAUACACUCCUUGCGUGAGACUUGUUGUCGUGUUAUCUUGCGCCAACAAAUCCCAUUCCCUCACAAUGUCUUACCGAACCAUAUCGAAGAAGAAUUGAUGCACAAGGUUAGGUUAUGCUCUGCGUGCCAAAGGUCGUUUGUAAAUGAAUGGAUUACAUCUGUUCAGGUAAAGAGCUACAAGGGACAUCCUGCCGUUGUUCAUCGAGUCCGCUUCUGCUCAACCAAAUGCUGGCUUAGUUGCCUAGAUUCUGAAAAGGAGAAGUCGGUAUUGGUGUGUCGACCACUAGAGGGUGGAGAUGAAGAAGAAUCAGCUCUGACUUUGUCAGAAAAUAGUCAUAAUCUUUGGAAAGCAGUUAGACUUAUGAGUCUUAUAUUUUUAUUUCUUCAAAAGUAUGCAGAUCCAUUAAGAGCAUUUGCAGUGGUUCCAUCUUAG